AUGAUGGAGGUUUUGACAACAACAACCGCCACAAACACAAACACUACUCCUUUAACAACAAUUUCAAAACCAUCAGAACCCGAAUCAGAAAACCCGACCCGGAUCCAUCAACAACAACCCAUUAACACAACAACAACCUCAAACAUAACAAAGCCUUUGUCUUUUUCAAAUGGGGUUCUCAAACGCCACCACCCUAACACUCACAACAACAACAACGUUGUUGCUGUUACUUACAAAGAAUGUCUCAAAAACCACGUGGCAACCUUAGGUGGUCACGCACUUGACGGUUGUUGUGAAUUCAUGCCGUCACCAACCGCCACCUCCGAAGACCCCGCUUCCAUAAAAUGCGCUGCUUGUGGAUGUCACCGGAAUUUCCACCGCCGGGAACCAGAAGAACCGAUUUCCACCGUUUUGGAAUAUCAACCUCACCACCGCCACCACCCACCACCUCCGCCGCUGUUUCAGUCCCGUUCACCAAGCUCCCCGUCUCCACCGCCGAUCUCAUCAUACCCUUCAGCUCCACACAUGCUCUUAGCACUCUCCGGUGCCGGAGUUGGACUCUCAAUCCCGCCGGAAAACACAGCAGCGCCGUUAAACCUUGGUUCUCCGAUGGGAGCAAGUAGAAAAAGAUUCAGAACGAAAUUCACUCAAGAGCAGAAGGAGAAGAUGCAUGAAUUAGCUGAGAGAGUUGGGUGGAAGAUGCAGAAGAGAGAUGAAGAAAUGGUUAACGGAUUUUGCAAUGAAGUUGGUGUUGAUAGAAGUGUUCUCAAAGUUUGGAUGCAUAACAAUAAGAACACUUUAGGAAGAAAAUUAUCAGAUCAUGUUGAUGGUGACGGCGCCUCCGUGAGAUCCGCCGGGGACGGUGUCUCCGGUGGUGGUUUUGGUGUUCAUGAGAAUGAUAAUAAUGGGAUUAACGUUGCUGCUUGUGCUACUAAUGGAUCUUCUUCUUCUUGA